UCACCUUUGCUCCCGAGCUGUCACUGGUGAUCACCCUCCUUGGCACCGCCCUUCGGUAAUUCAGCCAUGGCCGAAGAAGAACUCAAGAUGGUGGAGCCCCAGGCCCCGUCAGAGCCUCCACCGGACAUCGCAGAGGAGAAGCCCGUGAUCUCUCCGCCUUCCGAGGAGGAAGAGAAUUCCCGGGAACGCAAGGCCCUCGCCAUCGUCGAAAGUAGUAACGGGGUUUUGAAGUUUUCUCCGUUUCCAUCUUGCUUUUCACCCUUUGGCGUUAGAGAGGCUGUUGAGAUCGAAGGUUCUUCUCACCGAGGCAGGGAGCUAGCGAGAGUCGAAACAGAGAAGACGAGGUCUCUCAUCAGAGCAUGGGAAGAAAGUGAAAAGUGCAGAGCAGAGAACAAGGCUUACAAGAAAUUAUCUGCAAUUGAGGCAUGGGAGAACAGGAAAAUAGCAUCUACAGAAGCUGAGAUGAAGAAAAUUGAGGAAAUGCUGGAGAUAGAGAAGGCAGAAUAUGUGGAGAAAAUGAAGAACAAAAUUGCUCUCUACCACAAGGCCGCAGAGGAAAAGAGGGCGCAAAUAGAAGCCAAACGAGAGCAAGAUAUUCUCCAGACAGAGGAAUUAGCCGCUAAGUACCGCGCCAAAGGGACCACUCCCAGGAAGCUCCUCAGUAUUUUCUGAGGCUGAAGAUUUUUUUGGACAUGUUGUGUAACCAUCAAAUACAUACGUAGAUGUUAUUAUUUGGGCUCCAUUCGUUAGGCUAAUAUAUUAUCCGAGUGCUUCAUCGUUUUAACAUUUGCUGCUAAUUUGGCGUUAGUCGUCAUUGUUGGUAGCUGACUCUUCUCUGGUGUACAUGGCAGUUCUGUCGAACAUGUAAGAAACGUGCAUAAGUUCAGUUUAUGAACUUCAUGUGAACGAGGGUUUGCUUUAGACA